CUGCUGGCUUUUGGGGUGGUGUUUGGUUUUUUUUUUUUUUUUGGCCUCGUCUGUUUGGAUUUCUUCCUAAACUUAUGAAAAAUGGCAACAGCAGCCUAUGUGGACCAUUUCGCGGCAGAGUGCCUUGUUUCCAUGUCAAGUCGUGCUGUUAUCCACAGUCCCAGAGGGGAGCCUGAUGCCCAGGCUGGUGAAGCAAUAUUUGCUCCAUCCAGUGGAGAAGACAAGCGGGAAGUCAGAGAAGCCGGGAAGGACAAUGGACCCUCCUUACUGGUCGUAGCCAGCAUUUUAGCAGACCUGAACCAGCACGUCCCAAACUCACCUGCGCUGAGGAUGGACAACACGGAGACCCUUGAUAGAACAGAACAGAUACCCAUUUCUAUUGCUCCUAAGGAGUUUGGGGAAGAAAGUGUGUCCUCGGCUGGUGAGCAUGGAGGAGAGCGAGCAGCCACACCUACCAGCCUGGCUGCAGCCACUGAGCCAAGCCCCAGACAAAAGAGCAAACGCCUCAGAAGCUGGACUGACCCUGGAUCACCCCAGAAAAAGCACAAAUGCCACUAUGUGGGGUGUGAAAAAGUUUAUGGCAAAUCUUCCCAUCUUAAAGCUCAUCUAAGGACCCACACAGGUGAGCGGCCCUUCGAGUGCAGCUGGCCGGGCUGCACCAAGAAGUUCGCGCGUUCGGACGAGCUGGCACGGCACCACCGCACCCACACGGGCGAGAAGCGGUUCCGCUGCCCGCUGUGCGACAAGCGCUUCAUGCGCAGCGACCACCUCACCAAGCACGCGCGGCGACACGCCAACUUCCAGCCGGGAAUGCUGCAGGGCCGGGCGGGCUCCAGGCCUGGCAGUGGCUCCAGGCCCGGCGGUGGCUCCAGGGCCGGCUCCCUCAGUGACUACAGCCGCUCCGACGCCUCCAGCCCCACGCUCAGCCCCGCCAGCUCCCCGUAG